CCCCCCCCCCCCGCCCCGCCCCCCCCCCUUAAAGCUUAUUAGAGUAUGUUGAAGAAAUCAUUUUUCCAGUAUCGUUCUGAUAAAGUCUAUUUAUGUUUACAAGUUGGUAAAAACCUAUCGCAGUCUAUAGAGUAAGAAAUGGUGUACAAAACAAGAUCUUGUCCAUAUUAUUCUAAUAGUUUGAAGACACAAACCUUCUUUUCUCUACAUGUCAUUGAGCAGUAUUUAUCAGAGGUGGGCGACGGACGAAGAUCCUCGCGAGAAUCACCAGGAAGAUUCUAUCAAUAGUUGACGAUGGAUGAAUCGAUGACGGAGCAGAGAAUUUGCGCAGUGAAUCCCCCCAAAUUAGGUUUCUCGAAACUUGUCGAGGUACGGAGCACGAAGUCUGCGAGGCAAUCCCUGUGAGGAAGCUAAAGAUAGUCCGUCCCCAUCUGUGAUAUGUAUUUUACUAUACGAAAAGCUCAGUGACUUUUUUUUUCAAGGAUAACACAGUUACAAUAAAAUUAAUGUUUCUAACAAAAAAAAUAGGUGAAGAAAUACCAAUGCAUACUUUUCUUUUAAAACAAAAUUGAAAAAAAUGAUUUCAUCUUUCAACUAAAAUAUUUUCAAAAUGUAUUCCAAGCAUGUCUUCAUGUUUAGUUAUUUUCUCAGUCAUUUUAUGUUCUAAUUUGAUCAAAUCUAGUUUUUUAUAUUCAGUUUUACAUGAGAAAGCAGAAUAAAAUAGUUUUGGGAAACAAUGACAAGAUAAAUAUGAAAAUUUUGCUUGUUAACUCAACAAAAUGUUGAACUUUUGAAAAAACUGAACGUUUCAUCUCAAAAACAAAUCAAUCUGAAAACAUUUUCUGAUGUGAUUUUGAUAAAUUCUAUCGAAUCAAGUGAAAAAAAGAAUAAAAAAUUUUCUCCUUUCGUAGAUUGUCGACACUCUCCAUAGAAGAAUGAUUAUUAUCAUUUAGGUAUGUGAUCCAUAUCGUUUAGAGAAAAAAUCAUUGUGUUUGGUCUAUAGUUUUGGUUCAUCAAAUGAAUUUUCAUUUGAAGAACAUUUAAAAAGUUUAUUACAACAAUGUGAAAUUCAUACAUUUGAUAAAGAUAAGUUUAAAUGUCCCACUGAUACGUGCACAUAUCAUCAAGAUUUAAUUGGGGGUGGUAAAAAUGGAACAAAAAAUAUUAAAAUGAUAAUGACUGAAUUAGGACAUUCAAAACGUGAAUUAGAUAUUGUAAAAAUUGAUAUAGAGGGUAGUGAAUAUCCAUUAUUUAACUCAUGGUUUAGAUCGAGUACAAUAAACAUCUAUCCUCGACAAAUAUUAUUUGAAAUUCAUAAAUAUUCGAACGAUAAUAAAGCAACUCAUGAAUUAUUUGAAUUAUUUAGAAAUAAUGGAUAUGUCAUAUUUUAUAAAGAUCCAAAUUUAGAAUAUCCUAAAAUAGCUAGCGAAUAUUCAAUGUUAAGAUUAACAAAAACGUUUACAACUGAACAUGUCAAAAAUAUGACACUUAAAAAAAAUAUGUAA